AUGAAGUUCCUCACACCUCUUGCGCUAAGCGCAACUGCGACCGCGUUGGCAUUGGUUAACCCCGAGCAACAGCCUUUGGCGCCUUCGAUCGUCCAGAACCCGCAAUCAAAGUCUCUGAUCGAACUGGCCCCAUACCAGACCCGCUGGGUGACGGAAGAGGAGAAGUGGUCCCUUAAGCUGGACGGAGUCAACUUCAUCGAUGUCACCGAUGAAUGGCGAUCAGGCUCCUAUGGAACCUUGCACACUUCGCGCAUCGUUCACUAUCCCCAGGAGAUGAAGCACUCGGAUGUUAUCCACCCUCUUUCUAAGACUCUCGACAAGGCGAACAUGCUGAACAACCUGAAGCACUUCACCUCGUUCCAUACUCGCUACUACAAGUCCAAGACUGGUAUCGAGUCUGCAACAUGGCUAUUCGACCAGGUGACCGCUGCAAUUCAUGAAUCUGGCGCUAGCGACCACGGCGCGACCGUUGAGCGCUUCUCUCACCCAUGGGGCCAAUUCAGCAUUAUCGCCCGCAUCCCCGGCGAGACCAACAACACCGUCGUGUUAGGCUCCCACCAGGAUAGCAUCAAUCUGUUCCUUCCAUCCAUUCUGGCUGCACCUGGCGCCGAUGACGAUGGCAGUGGAACCGUCACCAUUCUCGAAGCUCUUCGUGCCCUGCUGCGGUCGGAGGCUAUCGCCCAAGGCAAGGCCCACAACACCGUCGAGUUCCACUGGUACUCUGCGGAAGAGGGUGGUCUGCUUGGCUCCCAGGCUGUCUACGCUCAGUACAAGAAGGAGUCGCGCAAUGUCAAGGCUAUGCUCCAGCAGGACAUGACUGGCUAUGUCCAGGGAACUCUCGACGCUGGUGAGAAGGAGUCUGUUGGUGUCAUUAUCGACUAUGUCGACCAGGGCCUCACUUCCUUCAUCAAGACGGUCAUCACCACCUACUGCGAUGUCCCCUACGUCGAGACCAAGUGCGGUUAUGCUUGCUCUGAUCAUGCCUCCGCCAGUCGGUAUGGAUACCCCUCGGCAUUCGUGAUUGAGUCCCAAUUUGAGAACUCCGACAAGAAGAUCCACACCACCGAAGACAAGAUCGAGUACCUCAGCUUUGAUCACAUGCUGCAGCACGCGAAGAUGAGCUUGGCCUUUGCUUACGAGCUGGCCUUUGCACCCUUCUGA